AGCACUGUUAAGCAGCACUGCUUACUCUUUACGCGACCAGCUGUUGUCGCUGCGGCACCGAGCGCGUGUUUUUAGUAAAAUUACCUAAUUUAUUAAUUAAAAAGCAUUAAAAAUGACGCUAAUAACACGUGUGCUAAACAGCAACCUGCCGCUGCGUCUUAGCGCGCUAAAAACUGUGCGUCAGCUACAAUGCGGUUACAGCUCCCAUGCAAAAUACGCAGAGCAUAAGCCCAUCGAGCGCAUCCGCAACAUUGGCAUCUCGGCUCACAUAGACAGCGGUAAGACAACGCUAACGGAACGUAUUCUGUUUUAUACAGGACGCAUUGCUGAGAUGCACGAGGUGCGCGGCAAGGACAAUGUGGGCGCAACGAUGGAUAGCAUGGAGCUGGAGCGACAGCGUGGUAUUACCAUUCAAUCAGCGGCUACGUACACGGUGUGGAAGGAUACCAACAUCAAUAUCAUUGAUACACCCGGUCACGUGGACUUUACGGUCGAGGUGGAGCGUGCUCUGCGAGUCCUGGACGGCGCUGUGCUUGUGCUAUGUGCUGUGGGUGGCGUUCAGAGCCAGACUUUAACGGUGAACAGGCAAAUGAAGCGGUACAAUGUGCCCUGCCUGGCUUUUAUCAACAAGCUAGAUCGUAUGGGGUCAAAUCCCUACCGAGUGCUGUCGCAGAUGCGUUCGAAGUUGAACCACAACGCCGCCUUUAUACAGCUGCCUAUUGGUGUGGAGAGCAGCUGUAAAGGUAUUGUGGAUCUUGUGCAGGAACGUGCCAUAUACUUCGAAGGUGAGCAUGGCAUGGAUUUGCGCCUAGACGAGAUACCGCAGGAUAUGCGUGUCGAGAGUCAGGAGCGUCGGCAGGAGCUCAUUGAACAUCUGUCAAACGCUGACGAAACAUUGGGCGAACUCUUUCUGGAGGAGAAGCCCUUCACGGAGGCGGACAUUAAAGCGGCACUGCGACGCACCUGCAUUAAGCGUACCUUUACACCCGUCUUGGUGGGCACGGCACUGAAGAAUAAGGGCGUGCAGCCGCUGCUCGAUGCAGUUAUCGAUUACCUGCCGAACCCAGGAGAGGUUGAAAACCUCGCGUUCAUCGAAAAGGAGGGUGAAGAGAAACAACAAGUUGUUCUCAAUCCGGCGCGAGAUGGCAAGGAACCUUUCAUGGGAUUGGCUUUCAAGCUGGAGGCUGGUCGCUUUGGCCAAUUGACCUAUUUGCGCUGCUAUCAGGGUGUGCUCCGCAAAGGUGACAACAUCUUCAAUGCCCGCAACAACAAAAAGGUGCGCAUCGCCCGUCUCGUCCGAUUGCACUCCAAUCAAAUGGAGGACGUCAACGAGGUCUUUGCCGGCGACAUUUUUGCACUUUUUGGCGUUGACUGCGCUUCGGGCGACACUUUCACCACCAAUCCCAAGAAUAAUAUGUCCAUGGAAUCGAUAUUUGUGCCCGAACCGGUUGUGUCCAUGGCCAUUAAGCCAAACAACACCAAGGAUCGGGACAAUUUCUCUAAGGCCAUUGCUCGGUUCACCAAGGAGGAUCCCACCUUCCAUUUUAAAUUCGACAAUGAUAUCAAGGAAACGCUUGUCUCUGGCAUGGGUGAGCUGCAUUUAGAGAUCUAUGCACAGCGCAUGGAGCGCGAGUAUGGCUGCCCUGUGACGCUGGGCAAGCCCAAGGUAGCAUUCCGAGAAACGCUUGUGGGGCCCUGCGAAUUCGAUUACCUCCACAAAAAGCAGUCUGGCGGUUCGGGUCAGUAUGCCCGCAUUAUUGGCGUCAUGGAGCCACUGCCACCCACUCAAAAUACAUUGCUCGAAUUCGUGGACGAAACAGUAGGCACCAAUGUUCCCAAGCAGUUUGUGCCCGGCGUGGAGAAGGGCUACCGUGAGAUGAGCGAGCGCGGCAUGUUGUCUGGGCAUAAGUUGGCCGGCAUUCGAUUCCGUCUACAGGAUGGUGGUCAUCACAUUGUGGACUCCAGUGAGCUGGCAUUUAUGUUGGCUGCCCAUGGCGCCAUCAAGGAGGUCUUCCAGAAUGGCGCCUGGCAAAUACUGGAGCCCAUCAUGCUGGUAGAGGUGACAGCGCCCGAGGAAUUCCAAGGCGCUGUCAUGGGUCAUCUGAGCAAGCGGCACGGCAUCAUCACAGGCACAGAAGGCACUGAGGGCUGGUUCACCGUCUACGCUGAGGUGCCGCUCAACGACAUGUUUGGCUAUGCCAGUGAACUGAGAUCGAGUACUCAGGGCAAGGGCGAGUUCACCAUGGAAUAUUCACGCUAUUCGCCAUGCCUGCCCGAUGUACAGGAACAGAUUGUGCGGCAAUAUCAGGAAUCCCAGGGCUUGGGUCAGUCCGAAAAGAAGAAAAAGAAAAACUAAUAAUUAAUAGUUUAAAUUUUAGUUUUAAAGUCGAAUCAUUUUUUCAUAGUUUAAAAUCCAUAUAAAAAUUUUUUGUUUUCACUGUGA